CGGCAGCAGGAGGAACCCAGGCGGCUGUCGGGGCUGGCGAUGGGGUUAAGCGCUCCUCGUGCGUGAGCCCGCUGCCGCCGCGCCAGCCGCAGCCCGCCGGCCGCGCUGCCGCGGCAUUCCAAAGGGAUGUUCUUGCUGAUUCAAGGCACCAUAGUUCUGUCCAGGACUCUACACUGGGGAUAAGGACAUGGGACGACUCCUGCCAGAUUCCAGAUGGUUCAUUGCAGCUAACAUCUUGGUUGACAACUGUGAAAAGGAACUUGAGAUUUUUUUAUUUUAUUUUUGUGGGAGACCACAAUCCCCAAACUGUACAACACAUCAGGUUCCAUAUUUCUUGUAGAGUUUUAAAAUAAUCUUUUCUAAUGAGGAUGUCUGAUAUUCUUACUGUAAAAGAUGAAAGUGAUGCAAUGAAGGGUUCAGAAGCUGAAUUUAAAGGUACAGACCCAGUUGAAAACCUUAUAAAAUCAGGAAGUCAGGAGCAGAUUCAAGUGGAAAAGGAUGAAAAUUGUCCUGACAGCAAAACCAAUAUGCCGCGGCCAGUGCAGUCUUUUGGACAGACAGCAAAAAGGUCGAAGUCAAACACAAAGUUAAAAUUAGUUCGGAGCCUUGCUGUAUGUGAAGAAUAUCCACCACCUCCCACAGCUGAAAUAUCACAGGACCUCCAGGAGAAAAUUCAGAUCCAGUUGUCACAGUCUUUUGAAAAAGAAGAAAACCCUGCAAAAGAUGAAACAGAAAAGGAAAAAUCCAGUGAUAAACUGUCUAGAAAAAUGUUAUCAAGAGAUUCCAGCCAAGAGUAUACAGAUUCCACUGGUAUAGAUCUUCAUGAGUUUUUAGUAAAUACAUUAAAAAACAAUCCCAGGGACAGAAUGAUGCUGCUGAAAUUAGAACAGGAAAUUUUAGAUUUCAUUGGUAAUAAUGAAGUUCCAAGAAAAAAGUUUCCCCCAAUGACUUCUUACCAUAGAAUGCUGUUGCACAGGGUAGCUGCUUACUUUGGAUUAGAGCACAACGUGGACCAGAGCGGGAAGUCAGUCAUAGUAAAUAAAACUAGCAAUACAAGAAUACCUGACCAAAAGUUUUGUGAGCAUAUAAAGGAUGAGAAGACCGAUGAUUUCCAGAAGCGGUACAUCCUUAAAAGAGAUAACUCUAGUUUAGACAAAGAUGACAACCAGAUGAGAAUACGAUUAAAAGAUGACAGAAGAAGUAAAUCCAUAGAAGAACGUGAAGAAGAAUAUCAGAGAGCUAGAGAAAGAAUAUUUGCACAAGAUUCCCUGUGUUCCCAAGAGAAUUAUUUCACUGAUAAAAGAAUCCAGGAGGAAGAAACUAAUAGUACACAACAAAGACGACAGAUACUUAGAAUCAAUAAGGAAACAUCAGGGAGAUCAGCCAACAGCCAUCAGAGCAGUACUGAGAAUGAGCUGAAGUAUUGUGAACCCCGGCCCUGGAGCAGCACCGACUCUGAUAGUUCCCUCCGCAAUCUGAAGCCAGCUGUAACCAAAGCCAGCAGCUUCAGUGGGAUAUCAGUUCUGACAAGAGGAGAUAGCUCUGGAAGCAGCAAAAGCACAGGCAGGCUGUCUAAGACAGGUUCAGAGUCUUCUAGUAGUGUAGGGUCAUCCACGGGUUCUCUUUCUCACACCCAGCAGCCUCUUCCAGUGCCAGCUCUAAGCCAGCCUUCUCAUGGCACGCCUGCCGUCUAUCCAACUGUCAGCACUAGUAACUCUCUUUCCUUUGAUGGUGGCAUAAGCGGGCAAGUGGCACCUACUAGCACUAGCUUCUUUUUGCUUCCCUUGGAAGCGGCAGGCAUACCACCUGGCAGUGUUCUGAUCAACCCUCAAACAGGUCAGCCAUUCCUUAAUCCAGAUGGGACUCCAGUUGUGUACAAUCCUCCUAUGCCUCAGCAACCCGUUAGGACCCAAGUGCCUGGACCUCCACAACAGCCACCUCUUCCCGCAGCACCUCAGCAGCAGCCAGCAGCGAACCAUGUCCUCUCACAGCCUAUGCGGCCUCUGCAGCCUUCUUCCCAGCCUGUUCCGUACUCUGCAGUCUCUUAUCCGCCCCCGCUCCUGCCAGUCUCCUCUACACAGCAGUACUCUGUGCAAGACAACCUAGGGUCACAGUUCAGCCAUAUGAGUCUUGCCCGCCAGCCACCUGCCGAUCCAGCUGAACCCCAUACUGCUAUGUUCCAGUCCACUGUUGUUCUUCAGCCUCCACAGCAGUCUGGUUAUAUCAUCGCAGCUGCUCCACCUCCACCACCCUCUGGCCAACCGGUUUCUGCUCCAGGCUAUUCAACAUCUAGCCACCCUGUCAACCAGCAAGUCCUCCAGCAGCAGGGAUACAUGCAGCAAACUGUGCCACAGAUGCCAGCUUGUUACUGUACCCCCAGUCAGUACUCGCACUCCAAUCCGCAGUACCGACCUGUGUCUGUCCAUUACAACACACAGCAAAACCAAGCACUGGCACAGCCCGGACAGCAGACAGGUUACCAGGUUUUGCCCAACCAGCAGCAAAACUACCAGGGUUUAGUUGGACUUCAGCAGCCUCAGAGUCAAAAUCUAGUCAGUGGCCAACACAACAACGUUGGGAAUCAAAUUCAAGGUGUGAUUGUUCCAUAUCCUUCAGUGCCAUCUUAUCAGGUUUCGGUGCCUCAAGGUUCCCAAGCAGUGCCCCAGCAGACAUAUCAACAGCCUGUUAUCAUUCCCAGUCAGUCGAAUCAAGGGUUGCCCACCACAGGAAUGCCAGUUUACUACAGUGUCAUUCCAUCAGGUCAACAGAAUAAUUUAAGUUCAUCAGUAGGAUAUUUGCAGCCUCCUGGAUCCGAGCAGAUACAGUUUCCUAGAACGUCAUCACCGUGCAACUCCCAGCAGCUUCAAGGACAGCAGUGUGCAGUUUAUAGCAACCAUUCAAGUCAGAAGCCAUCACCUACAUUAUUGCCACCUUCAUCAAAGUCAAAGCCACAACAGGCUGCUUCCAUUGUGCACUACAGCAUAGUGUCUCCACCCUCAUCAUGUAAAAGCUCGCCCACUGCUCUUUCCAUCAUGCAGCCAAUAAAAGCAGUAGCACCACCACCAGGUGGAGGAGUAGUAAUGAUGCAGCUAAACAUACCCAACAGCCCUCAGCCUCGGAACCAUUCACCUCCACAGUGGAAACAGAAUAAAUAUUACUGUGAUCAUCAAAGGGGGCAGAAGUCCACAGAACUUAGCACUUUAGACAGUGCUGCACAGUUGCAGCAUAGUCCUCAAGUAGGUAGCCCUGCCACCUCACCGGCCCAGUCGCCAGCACCAGCCCAGCUAUCGACCAUGAAGAACAUCCGUCCUGCAUUGACACCUCUUUCUAUUGUGUCUCAGUUUUCUAGACCCUUUGUCCCUGGACAAGGAGAUGCCAGAUACCCAUUGCUUGGCCAACCCCUGCAAUACAAUCCACCACCUUUAUUACGUGGACAAGUAACAAGCCAACAGUGUCAACCUGGAAACAGACAUGGAAACAGGGGAAAGAAACCAGCAAAGAAGGCUGCUUCAGCAGAUCUUGGUGCAGGAGAACCAGUUGUGGGAAAAGUCCUAGAAAUUACUGAGCUGCCAGAAGGUAUAACUCGUGUGGAAGCAGAAAAACUAUUUGGAGAACUCUUAAAAGUUGGUGCCAAGAUUCGGUGGCUGAGGGAUUCACAGUGUCUACAAACACAGCAGCAGCACCAUCGCCGUUACUGUGGCAGCGGGGACAGUAGUGUGAACACUGAACCACCCAAACCUAGUGACUUGGCUUCCACAUACACAGUUCUAGCCAUGUUCCCUACGAUGUCAGCUGCUCAGAAUGCAUUGAAGAAACAAAGCAGUACCUCAGUGAACAAGUUCAGGCUGAGAACAAGCAAGAAGCACUACGACUUUCAUGUUCUGGAAAGGGCUAGUUCUCAGUAGCAGCUACAUCAGUGGACACUCAGCCUUUACUACUUCCAUGUCCUCCUUUCCUUGAUUGGCUUGAUGUGAUGGGGUUUCUGCUCUCUUCAUAGAGCCUUCUGGGAUGUUUUGUCAUGACAUUAGCCAUUGAAGAGUAACCCAGUGAUCCAGCCAGAUGAAGACAAAAACACAAGAGUUAAUCCCAGACAAUAGCAAGGAAUCAUCUUUGAGACAGGCAGCUGUCUACAAGGAAUGCUGAUGAAAUGCCCCCUACUUUUAUAGUAGUUUUGUUUUAUAUUUUUGAAUUCUUGUAUCAGAUCCAAAGUUCUAUUGUACAGCAAACGUUCAUAAGAAUCCAUAUUCAGAUUUGUAUUUUAUAAUCCCUUUUCACAGCCAGCACAGAGCUGUCCAUUCCAAGGCAGGAACCUGAGGAUUGGUGGAGGGGUAAAGAGAACCAUUUUCAAUUAAUUACACUCAUCGUCUCGAAAACUACUCCAAAUCUUCCAGUUAACCUGUUCUUUGUCCCUUGUUGGUUUUUCUGUUUGGGUUUUUUGUUUUGUUUUGUUUUUAAGAAG